AUGGACGAACUGAUCGAACGCGCAGUCUACACCCCGCCGCGCCGGACGAGUCCCGGUCCCAGUCCCAGUCCUGCCCCGAGCAUGGCCUUUUCUAACCCGAGGUCCAGCAUCAGCCCCCUCAGACGCGACGCAUCUCACAUCCACACCGUCCCGCCCGAAGGGAUUGACGCCGUGACUUCUCGCGCAGCGAGGCACCACCUAGCGAGGCGGCUUAGCCAACUGGCCCGCCGGCUUACGUACGACGGAUCGGACGACGUCGACGAGAUGAUGGUCGGCAGUCAACUCGAGCAGCUCGAGAAGGCCGUCGGCGGCGCCAAGGGCUCCGAGCCCGAGCCCAACAAGCUUCACUGCCAGACAAGCCUCGAUAGCUCCGGCCGGAGCGACGUCGGCUCCGUGCUAGGGUCGCCUGUUUCUUCUCUCUUCAGAUCCCGCUUCUCCGACCUGUCGGCCUCACUGCACAGAGAGCGCGGGGAGGCCGAAAAAAAAGCCGAGCACGAGGCUCCGCCAAACGAGGGCAUGACGGGGACGCAAGCGAAGAAGGUGCUCGCAGAGAUGAGCAAGCUGAACGAGGAGCUGUCAACCGUCGUGAACAACCUCAAGGCUCGACAGGAGGAGUCCGAGCCAGCCGAGCUCGCACUAUACCAACACCGGCCCCAGCACAUCCAGGGACUCCUCAUCGAACGAGCCGAACGAGCAGCCCAGCGCAUCAUUUUCCUCCAAAGUCGCAUCUCCUACCUGGAGGAGGAGCUCCAGGAGAACGACGGCGAGCUGCAGCAUCUCAGGAUAUGCCUGAAGGCCGUCGAGAUACAGAUGCCGCCCCACCCCGACCGAGAGCUCCAGCGAUGCAUAGCCACCUUCAAAGAGGGAUACCAGGCCCUGAAGCGAAAGCGAGCGCACCGCGCCAGCAUCGCGAGCGUUCGGGGCUUCGACGCCCCUCCGAUCCACACGGGGACGCCGUUGCGAUAA